GGGGGCUGAUCGUCCGAUGCGGUGGGAGAUGCGCCCCGCGCUGCCCCGCGGCCGGCGGACCCGCCACGUGGUUUGGGCGGAGCCCCGCGGCCGCCGGGCGCGCCUCGGCCGCGCCACACCUCGCCGCACCCCUCACCUGGCGUCGGCUGGCGGGUCGGCGGGGCCACAGGCCAGGAGCGCUCGCGCCGCAGGAAUCCCCAGACGGAGCCCGGCAGCGGAGCGCGGCGCCGCCCCGAGUCGCCCCCCGGCCGAGAUGUUCGUGCCCGUCGGGGCGCCGCCCCGGAGGCGCCCGCUGAGGCAGGGCCUCUGCAAGGUCGCGGCCCUGCUGUCGCUCGCCCUGGCGGCCCUGAGCUUUCUGAGCGGCGCCGAGUCGCCGCAGGCGCUCAUCAGUGUGGCCUGCGCCGACAACAGCGGGGCCUGGGAGCUGAAGAUCCUGGCGUGCAAGAAGAAGGGCCGGACCGUGAGGAACUAUAAACUGCACGAAGUCGCCCCCGGCGACAUGGUGGUGGUCAUCGGCCGCACCUCGGGCGCCCCCGCCCCGCCCGCCCCUUCGGGGCGCCGGGCGCGCUGCUGCGGGGGCCUCGGGUCAGGACCCCCUCGGGGGAGCGGGGCCGUGCCCCGCAUUCGGGGGCAACGCCAGCGGGCCCUCGUCGGUUCUCGGGGGCGAGUGUCGUGCCCGGACGUUUUCGGGCCGCUUCGCCGAUUCUCGGCGGCUCUCCAGCCUCGGGGUGCUCUUCUGCAGCAGCUCUU